AUAAUAAUUCAACUGCCAGGACGACGACGAGGGAGGGUGCGAGGGAGUGAAUAAUGUACUGCACGACGCUCGGAAGAUGCUUUUGCAGGAGGGACGCGAUGAGGGCCCUGAGUACCGGCGAGGUAUCCACCGCACUGAGGCCGUUUUACUUUACUGUCCAUCCCGAUCUGUUCGGCCAGUAUCCUACGCAGAGGACAGUGAAUGAAAAUUCUCUGAAGCAAUUAAGCUCAAUCUUAGAAACCUUACAACAAAAACAACCUAUACGGCCAACCAUUUUGCCUUUUUAUCUGCGAUCGAAGGAUGAGAAAGACGUGAAGGCUGGUAAAUUCACGCUUGUUAAAAUACAGUUGAAAGAAAAGGAUUUGAGGCAAGCGAUACUUUCCAUUUUAAAAACAUGCGAUCUACCCACGACGUUUGUCGAUAAAAUAGAGGAGCCGAAGCCUUCUGUCACAAAGCACAAAUCCAGAUUUUGGCAACGCGCAUAUUCUGGAGAAAGGAUAGACUUUUCAGAAUUGGAAGAGGAUCCUAUUUAUGCGUCGAUUAUUAUGAAACGCAAGAUUAAUGCAGAGCCAGAUACAUUGAAAGCGUAUCUAGAUAAGCACAUCAAUGAAGUACAUGUUAAACUGGAAGCAUGUAGACCAGUGAGAGAGGAGGUGGAGAAAUUGGAGAAAGUACUAUGCAGCGUGUUGGGUCUAAAGGAUAUCAUAUGGGACUGUGGUUGGAAUAUCGCUCAUUAUCGCGGCUGUUUAUUAGCCUUUCAAGCGUUAGCCGAGCAUCAUCCGGAAUCGAUGGAAGUAUUGAGAAAUCGCACUCUCGUGUUUGCAAAUGAUACUGGUAUCAGUUUAGAAGGCAAUGUUAUGCUAAAUUCUGGGGAAGUCAGGCACAAUUGGCUCGACCUAAUAAAGAAUGUAAAAAAGCAUGAUGCUGUAUUGUUGAAAUUGCCAGCGUUUGAGAAGGCAGUCUCCCAAGUACUCCUCGAUAUUAAAGUUGGUCGACGGGUGCUCUAUAUGUGCAGGAAAUUCAUGCCUAAGGUAAUGGUCGGCCAGUAUGAGCAACAGCUGCGACAACUCACAACCACGCUCUCAGAUUAUCGUGGCAAAAAAAAAUAUCCGAGUUCGUGGCCGGCCAGUCUGUCAGCCUAUGAAAUUGUCAUCGAAGCCGAAGCAGGUCCUUUGAUGUUAUCACCGACUGGACAAUUCAUUGUGCCGUCGUCUUGUCCAAGUUUUCUUUUGGUGAAUUUUAUUACGGAAAACUUAGAGGAGGCUACGAAGAGACUAUAUCAUUAUAACAACAUAAAGCACGUGGAACGGGAACUUCAUCAUGAGACUAUCAAAGAAUUAGGUUUAGCUGCUCUUAACAAGGACGAUAGCAUUACACCGGACCUUAUGAUACAAUGCUGCGAACGGCUGCUUCUACACAAAAAGGAUCUGGCACCAUCGCUUGAGGGCGUCAUGCUCUGGGUUACUCAUUAUUAUUCUGUUAUGAGCGAUGGUGUUCUUUGUGUGCCAUGGGAUUGGAGAUUCUAACUUUCGAUAAAAGAAAACAAAAUAUGUUAACGGUUGUUGUUAAGUCACUAGCGUAAGCAUAACGACAAUGCAAAUAAGUUUUACAAGUCCCGAAAUUUGCAAGAUAGUAUUUAUGGUAGCAAUUUAGAACAGGAAAUUGUCUGAACGCAUAAGAUAAAACUAUUAAACCAAUCGUGCCAAUCGCCAUACUGACUUUUUCUUUAUAAAGAUGUAAAACGAAGCCAGUAUGCUGAUCAGCACGGUCAAUUUUAAUCGAAAUAAGCCUUUAGAUAACAUUGUAAAAGUCAUAUUCUAAAAGUAGUACCUCUGUGUCGUACAGUUCAAAUAUUAUUAAUUCAACGACAGUGAAUUUGUAUUACUAGUGUCAAUAUCGUUUCUAACUUCGUGAGGACAAUUAAGGACAGAUUCCCUCGAAAGUAGCUGUCCCAAACGAGAUUUUUGUAAAAAAAGUAGGGUAAACAGAGUUGUCACAAAAUUGGAAAUCAGAGAAAUAUCAGGGAAAUCGAAAACGUGCAGGGAAAUCAGAGAAAAGUCAGGGAAUUUUAUUAAAAAUAAAAAUUCUUGGUUUUAGGGAAGUUUGAUGUGCGUAUGUAUAUAUAUCACACUUAUGCUGUUUUAGAAUACUACUAAUUUAAUAAUUAAA